AUGGAUAAUCGAACUAUCGAUGAUGAACUUUAUUCAAUAGUUUAUCAAGGCGACAUAUCAAAUGAACUUGAUACACGUCUAAAAUCAUUGCCUGAUAUUGAUAAAACUCUUGAUUUCUGCUAUCAACGAGAUAAUCAACAUAUAAAUUUAUUAAUGUUAGCUGCUUUAGAAGGACAUGAUAGAGUGAUACGUAUUUUACUUUCUCAUUCUUCUAAUGUUAAACACUUAGUAGAGCUUACUGGUAUUGUAUAUGGCAUCGAUGGAAUUCGUGUUUUUCAUGCUAGUGCAUUAUGGUGUGCUUGUGAUCGAGGUCAUUAUACAUUAGCUCGUACACUUAUCGAAGUCGGAGGAGCUAGUGUUUAUCAUGGUCCAAGAAAUCCAUUAUUGAUUGAUGCUACAAUUAAUCAACGUUUUGAUACGAUUCAAUUUUUAAUUGAAAAUGGUUAUGUAGAUAUAAAUCGAACAAGAGAAAAUAAUCAUCCUAAAUACAAUAGUCUAAUGAUUUCUGCUGCUCGUGGUUAUACAAUGAUUGUUGCCUAUCUUCUUGAAAAAGGUGCCAAGGUAGAAUAUAAAACACGAAAAUAUAAUGAUACAGCCUUAGGAUGUGCCGCUAUGCAUGGUCGAUUAGAUAUAGUACAAUUAUUAUGUUCUGCAGGUGCUUCGACUAGUAUGAAGAAUAGUAUUGGAGAAACACCAUUGAUAUUAGCAUUUAAAAAUGAUCAUUUACAUGUUGUUGACUAUCUUUUAGAUCUCACAAAUAAUGAAUUAUGUAUUGAAGAGCUUGAAAUAAUUGCUUGCUCAUUUAUUAUACCAAGGAGAGGUGUCAGCAACAUUCAACCACAAUACGUAAGAAUGGUAGAUUUAAUUCGAAAGUCAUUUAAAAUGAGACAAGCAAAAAACUUCCCAAAAACGAUUAUGAAACCCAUAGCUGCUUAUAAUUUUCAGCAAGAAUGUCAGACAAUAGAAGAAUUCGAUAAAAUUCAACAUGAUCAUGAUCGUUUAUAUAUAGAAGCAUUACUCAUUCGAGAACGCAUUUUAUUACCAAAGAAAACUAUAGUACUAUGUGAUCCAUUACUUAUACGUGGAGAAAAACUUAUUGAACAAUGUGAUUUUGAAAAUUGUCUUCGUUUAUGGGAACAUACUUUUCAUUUAUUUCAAAAUAUGAAUCAUGAAACAAGUCUUCAUCGUUUCGUUUGGGUGUUUUGUAAAAUGUUAGCAACUAACGUGUCUAUUUCUCCUCAACUAUUUGUACAAAUAUGUCAUUUAACAUUUGAACCUUCAGAGAAAAAUAAUAAGAAUCAUUCUAUAAAAAAUGCUUUAUGUUUUGUAACUAUUGCAUCAAUGAUUCUUGAACGACAAACAUUGACUGAAGAAGAACGUCUAUCAAUAUAUCAAUGGAUAAAUGAUCUCUGUCGUCAACAACGUCGAACAUCGUGUGGACAAACAUUAUUACAUUUGUCUGUUAAUGAUCAAACAUAUCGUGAUAUCAAUUAUCGAACAAAUGAGAUUAAACAAAUUCUUAAUUUUCCAAGUUUAUGCACAACUCAACUAUUGCUGACUUAUGGUAAUCGUUGGAUUGAUGUAGAUGCAAUCGAUAUAUCAAAUGGUAAUACAGCGCUUCAUAUCAUUGCUCAGAGUACUAAAAUCGAUGCACCAUCAAUCGUUAAAUUAAUAAUUGAUGCUGGAGCACAUGGGGAUUGUCUGAAUAAACAUAAAAAAACACCAUUCGAUUGUGCUAGGAAUACUGAAAUCAAAAGUGUACUUCAAAAAUAUCAAAAACCUUUCUUACUAAAAUGUCUUUGUGCACGUUUUAUUGUUGAACAACAAUUAAACUACGAAUUAACUUGGCAUAAAGGAACACAAUUGAAUAAUUUUAUAUAUUUACAUGGCUGUAUAACGAAGUGA